AUGGUCUACUGUGGUAAGCCGUCCAAGGGCUGUUCCAACUGUCGUGAGCGCAAGAUCAGGUGUGAUCAAAAGGAGCCCGGCUGCGGCCAGUGUGAGAAGCGACAGCAACAAUGUCCUGGCUACCGAAACCUCGUCGACCUCAUGUUCCGAGAUGAGAGUUCACACGUCAUCAAAAAAGCUGCCAAAACGAAGGCAAGGGGUCGCUUAAAGAAUGCACAGGCCUCGAGUGCCGGAUCGUCCUCCGAAAAUGUAAUAGCAAGCACCGACCACGACAGCUCCGACCCGAGUCCUGGAACGGCCGUGAGACCCGGUGGUCGGCGCCAAUAUCCACCUCGUCCCAUGGAUCCCACGAUGCAGAAUAUGACUAUUAGGCAUCGGCCACGGCAGAUCCAAUGGUCCUCCUCCUCCUCCGAUAGCGAUGAUGAUGAAGACGGGCACUGGUCAACGGCACCACGCGCAAGGCCUUUGUACUCUUUGUCGCCCUCAUACCAGGAACGUGGCACGGCCUUCUUCUUUUCUCGCUAUGUCUCCAUGGACGAGAAUGCCUGCCAUCAGAAUUAUGACUUCAUCUUUGAUGUCUGGCGUCCCGCCAGCAUGCUGCCCAGUCGACAAGCGGACGGCGUGAUGGCGAGUAUUGCCGCUGUCGGCUUGGCAGGCCUUUCACACCUGACAAUGUGUGCAGAAAUGAUGGACUGGUCGCGUCGGAGCUAUGGCGCCGCUCUCAAAAUGACAAAUGAUGCUUUAAGGGAUCCAGUUGAGGCUGUCAAGGACACCACCAUGUUGUCCAUUCUCGUGUUGGGAACCUACGAAAUGUUAAGCGGUCGUACCAACCAGACAGUGAGAGCAUGGCAAAACCAUCUCAACGGUGCCUCUGCUCUGGCCAAGAUGCGAGGCCUCGGCCAGUUCAGAACCAGAGCAGGAGCACGAAUGUUCAUGAUGCUGACGCAGAUCGUCCUCAUCAACUGUAUGCAGAGAGACAUGCCCAUGCCGCAGUCUCUCAUCGACCUCCGGAACCAGCUGGGUAUGCUUUCGGGCGGAACUGACCCGGGCUGGCGAUUAUCUGGUCCCAUAUACAAGGUUAUGCAGUUGCGGUACGACAUCAACAGCGGGAAACUUAACCAGACGGCCGAUAUCAUCAACCAGCUGUCCAACGUCGAUCAAGACUUUGCGGAUGUUAUUGCCGAUUUGCCUGAAACGUGGAGAUACAGAUCCCCGUUUUUGAUGGUCACCGCUGUGAUGUAUACGCCACGCUAG